UCCUGUUUUCCAUGGAGAAAUUAAAAAUAUUUUUGUUGAAUAGAUGUUGGGAUUGUUCGGACUGGUGUGUCUGAUGGCUGUGACCCUGGGAGCUCGCCUGAGCGCGGAGGAGGAAGACCUCUUCCCUGCUGAAUCUGCCCAUCGAGGGGGCUAUGGUGGCUAUGGUGGCUAUGGGGGUUACGGGGGCUACGGCGGCUACGGAGGUGGCUAUGGAGGAUACGGAGGAGGAUUCGGAGGCUUUGGUCAUCACCGUCGUCCCCAUCAUUAUGGCUGAACCGAUUGGCUUUCCUUCUCUCCCAUUUCCCCUCCCAUCCCUUGGCAAUUCACAAUUCCGUCCUAUAAGACGUACAUUCAUAUCUGGAAAAGACUCAAAGACUUGCGACUGCCAAAAUGCUUUAUUUCUUAAUAAACAUAUGAAAACGUUUUGCACA